UGAACAGGCCAUGCGUCACCAACAACAUGACGUAAUAGCCGACAACCUGUUCGCUGAAAGCAUUCCCUUUUCCUUCCCUGAUGAAAUCAACAGAGGAGUCACACAGCAACUGGAUGAGUAUGAGAAGCAUCAACAGCUCACUUGGCACAAGGGCACCAUCCCACACAACGAGGUUUGGGUGAAAGUCGGAGGUGACAAGGGAGGCGGGACCUUUAAACAAAUGAUUCAAGUCGGCAAUGUUGAACGUCCCAACUCUCUUAGGCACACCGUUGUUGUCUGUGCUUUUGCAGCGGGGGACACGAGUGACAACCUGAAGACGGGACUUCAACGCUUCCGCCAACAAGUUGCUGCACUCCAGUCGAGCACUUGGAAGAGCCAUAACAUCAGGCUCUUCAUGUUCGGGGAUUAUGAGUAUCUCUGCCGAGUGUAUGGGAUCACCGGAGCUGGCGGCCGUCACUGUUGCCUGUACUGUAGCAUCAACAAGGACUACAUACGGCUGCCCCGUGGAGAAAGACCACCAUCCCAGCAGAGAACUCUGCAGUCCCUGAACCAAGACCUCCACAGAUUCAAGGCAGCUGGUUCCAAUAUCUCCAAGGCCAAACACUUCAACAACGUGAUUGACGAGCCAAUGGUUGCCAUCCCAUUGACACAGGUCUGCCCACCCGGGCUUCACAUUAGUCUCGGGUUAUACCUCAAGCAUUUCAACAGCUUUAAAGGGGCAUGCCACGACCUUGAUAUGCAAGCGGCAGCUGUGCUAACCGAGAAAGACCAAGACGAUCAUGAUGCUCCGGCUCUUGGCUCUGGCUACCAAAAGCUCAUCUCCGUGUUGAAGGUGGCCCGGAAGUUAGAACAGCAGGCAGAGGCCUUGGAUGAGGAGUUCAAGCUAAUGGAAGACCAACUGACCGACACCAUCUUGACAUCUGAGGAGGGAAGUGCAAACAUGCAGGAUUACAUCACUGCAACGACUGGAUUGAUGCAGCAACGAGAACAACUGUUGGCGGAGGCUGCAACCCUAAGGAAGAAGGCCGCGCUGAAGCCAGGGCAAGGUCCUCUAGCUGGUCAACUUGACAUCACACUCCAGGAAUUCCGGGUGCAGCGCUAGGCCUACCAUGGGAAGAGCUUUGUUGGGAAUCAUGUACAUAAAUGCUGCAAGGAAGAGAACAUCAAGCGACUGACGGAGGCCAUCAUCAACAAGACCCAACAAGUAUGCCCUUCCCUGGUGCCUGAGGCAAGAACGAUCGCUGCCAAGUACGCCAAACUUUUCCACCUGUUUGGCACUUGUCACCGGAAGUAUAACACCUCCUCAAUCCUGGAUGACCAAGCUGUAGAUGCACUAGACCAGGACAGCAAGAACUACCUGGAAUUCUUCCGGGCCGCGUUUCCCACUGAAACUGUUCCGCCGAAGAUGCAUCUAAUUGAGGACCAUGUCAUCCCCUGGAUCAGGCAGUGGCACUUCGGCCUAGGGUUCCACGGCAAGCAAGGAGGGGAGUCGGUCCACGCCCAUCUUAACUCCCUGCGUUGUGACGUCCGAGGACUGCGAGAUGACGAGGACAUUCUCCAGUCUGUCAUCCGGACGCACUGGAUUCUCACCAGCCCGGCUCACGCACCAUCAUCUUUGUUUGAAUAAAGAACUCUAGUGAAUAAUUUGAACUGUGAAAGAACUCUAGGCUGUUCCUGCCCCAACAUUCUUAUUUUUGUACGGAACUCUAGGAAAUCUGUGGACUCUGAUGAACUCAUUUGGUGCUUUCUGUGUAAAAUUUAAUGUUGAGUGCCAUCACUCAAUUCUGCAUGAUCGGCUUUCGUUGAUGUAUGAUCUACUGAUAAUUUCAACUUCUGAUGAUUGCCGUCGUAAUUUAUAAUUUAUGGUUGCAAAAAAUCACUCUUACAUUGGAAGAUUAAGCGUUGAUUUCACCAACAACGCAAUGCAAUCACACGAUCCUGUUGAAUGACUGAUUGCACUCAACAUAAAUUCUUCAGGUAAGUAACAGGUUUGUGUGUAUGCAUAACAAGUGUUGUUUUCACAAAUGUACAGUGUAAAUAAAAUGUGCAGGUGUACAGUGUAAAUAAGUUAUGAAGUUGAAAUGUCACAGUUUCAUGUGAGUUUCAUGCUGAGAGACUGAACAAUGUUCAUGUAUGUUUGCAUCUCACAUAUAAAGCGGCUUCUACUUUCUGCCUCUUUAUUUGUGGUAUGCAAAUGCAUUACAUUGUUCAGUAUCCUGAAGUUUAUUGUUUUCUAGUUGAAUGUAAUUUUUUUUUAAAAAGGUGAGUAUCAAAUUUAUGUUGUGUAUUCUGCAAAGAUUUCUGUAUUGUUUUAAUAAUGCUGCAAUUUUAGAUUUCAAGCACGGGCACUGUUUAUUCAAAAAAGUUUAACCUAAUGAAUAAAUUUAUCGUGUUUAAACUAAUUUUAUGUAAUCAAAAAAGUACAUUCUUUUGACAUUAUUUCGUAAAGUAAAUUGCAUUAUUAUUCAUAUGAUAAACUUUAAACAGAAUAUCACUACAUGUAUUAACAGCUCAAAUUCCUUAUAACUGUAUAACAGUAGUUAAAAUUAAGAGAUUUGAAAGUCUUACUCAUUUAGAAUUGUAUAGCGAAAAUACAAAGAGGGACUAGGAAGUAGGACUUUUAAAUGAGAUUCCUGCACAUCACCUUUAUGUAAUUUUUCUGCGAAUAGCAUCCUUUAUACCUUUUAAAUGUAUAACAGAAAUAUUUCAAAAGUUUAAUCUUGUGCUGAAAAAAAUUAGUUGAGUUGAAAACUCUUAAAAUAUCUACAUGUAUUUCACAUUUGUAGUACAUUAUGUAGUCAGUAGUGGAUAAAUUAAACAUGAUUUAAGGGAUUGUUAAUUAUUCUAAUGCUAGUAAUAGUAUGCUAUGUAUGAAUAGGUUUUACCCUGGUAUUUCGAAUUAGUCUUAAGUAGUGUAGCGGCUAUAUCAGGUUAAGUUUAAAUUACCUAUUAGGUCACUUUCCACCUGUAGUUUCAAAGAACAUUUAGGUCUACCCCCAUCACAAAGUUGACAAAAUUUCAUUUGCAGUGUUUUAUGAACAGUCGUGCAUUUAUCAGUGUAUGAUGUGGGAGCGGCACUGUGGGUUGAGUAGUUGGUUUCUCUUAACUACUAGAGGCUAAUUUCAUGAUAUUUAGUCUCAUGACUUCACAAGGCCAAGAGUAAAUGGUAUCGUCUUGAACAGCCAAUUUUCCAUAUGAUUUUCAGUUUUGCAAUCAAGACGACACAAACAAAACCCUAACAUGUGCAUUUAUUUU